UAGCCAGGGUUUUUGUUACGGGUGGGGCAUGCUUUUGUUGGGGGGCAGGCUUUUGUUAGGGGGGAGCAGAACCUCAGAUUUUUAUUUAUUUUCAUUUAUUUGGGAGCGGGGACAGCUUCCCGCCCCCGGCUACCAUGGAUAGUUACUGGCCCAAGGUCACCUAGUGAGUGUGGAUUCGAACCCAUGUCUCCCAGGUCAUAGUCCAACACUAACGUCUAAGCCACAUCGGGUCUCUGGAGAUGGCAGCUGGGUGGCGCAUGGUGGCAAACCCCCACCCCACCCCAGUCCUAUAUCUAGGCGUGUUCAUUGGGAAGGGAGUCCCCAAGGGCCCACCGGUCUUUGGGUCCGAAGUCUUUAACUAGUAGAUUGCAACAUGAAAUUCCAGAACCCUUCAUUUUGAGAGAGGCAAUAAAAAAGGCAUGGGCAGAGAAGAGAGAGGGGAAAGACAACAAUUCUAGAGAAAGUCAUGAAUUUAUACAAAUUAAAAUGGUGGACGUUGAACUGCUCUUUCCUCCUUGACAGAACUCUUCCGAUGGGCUCACCCACAAAGUCCAGGUACCAUUCUUUGGAGCCUGCCUUUGGAGCAGUGGCUGGCGGAGUUAUCCGAGAUGCUUUGCUUCACAUGGCCAGGGAGAAUGAGCAGUAUCUGAGUGAACUGUGCGAAGAGGCAGGCUGCUUUAAAGAGACACAGAUCGUGGAAUUUGUUUUUCUUCUAUGUGAAAAAUGGAGCCUGUCUGAAUCUGCACGAUACCAAGCCAUAGAAAUAUUUGAAAGGUUCAUGCUUACACUCAUUAAAGAGGCUUCUCAUGUCACGAGAGCAAAUGAGGAAGACAGCAAGUGGGCCUCAGUGAAACAGCAGAUUGAGAGCACAUAUGUGCUGCGUCUGGUCUCUUGCAUCCAGCUUGCCAGCAAGCUCUCCUUCCAUUAUAGUAUAGUUAAUAACAACAUGGUUCUGAGGUUUCUGAAGUCUUUGGGCUUCUCCUAUACCACAGAAGAACUACUGGAAUCCGAACUGGCCAUUUUGAAGGCUCUGCAUUUCCAAAUCAAUGUUCCAGCCCCUUUUGCGUAUGUUGAAAUGCUGCUGGAGGUUUUAGGGUACAAUGGCUACAUGCUGCCCACAAAACAGCUGCUUGAAAUGUGCAGACGUCUGCUGGGUUUAACGUACCUCUUGCGGAGCAGCGUUUAUGACACCUUGCUGAAGACUUCGAUUAAAAACUCCUCUCCGAAUGAGCUCCAGCUGGUGAAGUUUCUGCCAGUGAAAGAAGAUCUCAUGCUAUUGGCUACCGGAGUCAUCGGGGCAAGCUCUUUCCUCCUGAAUCCCGAGGGCUUGAAUCAGGUUACGGAAUACCUCAGCGACACCACAGGCAUCAGUCGGCAAGACAUUAUUGAGGCAGCCUACGCAAUUCUGAAGCACAGCGUUGGCGGCGCUGUAGGCGAUGACUAGUUUCUUUCACCUCCAUCCCCUGCCCUCCAAACAUCAUGCUGCCACACUUCAUUUGGGGCUCUCAGGGAGAUGGUUGUGCUCUAAAGAAACAAGGCAACCAGCUAUAUUUAAAUGUUAAUGCUUACCUCUCAGGCUUUUGUCCUGUUACCGUAACCUUUUGAGAAGGCCUGGGGCGGGCACUUAAAGAGGACACUUAAAAGGGGCCUUAGGCCUACAACCAUUGAUGCCUUGCACAGUUACAACACUAGUGAAGAAGCAUGGCUCCUGAGGGCAAACACUGAGGUGUGUGUGCUGCCGCACCAGGAGAAGAGUGUUUCUUCUGAAGGCCUCCCCGGAAGGCAGAAGUCUCAGUGUAAGUGGGUGAACUCAUUCACAAGGGAAGAAGAAACAUUAAAUGCGUCUAUGGCAGCUCAUGAUAAAUAAGGAUGCUGCGUUCUUCCGGAAUACAAAGAGCUUUUAUUUAUUCUUGCAUUUCCUAGGGCAUCUUAGUGUAGCAACCAAACUGCAAUUCUAAUAACAUUAUAGCUUAGUAGAGUCACUACUCCAGUCUGAAAGCUGUUAAGUGCUCUUCAAGCAGGUCUCUCUUUACUGCUGUACGUGGGCCCACCCUAACUAUCCAGGACCCGGUUCGCUUCUUUCCCCCAAAGCAGCAGCAGGCUGUGCCACGACAGAAAUCCAACCAUGCUCUCGAGUCAUUUUGCUUCAUAUUACCUGACAAUGACAUCUUAAGACAAAAGUGCUUUGCAGUUUUUUUGGUCUUGUACGGUGAUGAUGUACUGAUAUCACAGGCCAAGUCCUGUUUUGGGUAUCUUUGAAACAAACUAUAGACACAUUAUGGGAUGGAGUGCGCCUCUCUUACAACAGUCAUUUGUUGUAGAACUGGGAAGAGACCCAGGCUAGGCCCCACUUCAGGUUUGUCAGCAUGAACUUGAGUGCUUUUGUCCACUGCUCCUCCGAGUUAAACUGAGUCUUUAUGGAGUAGGACCCGCCG